GAACAAUCUGCUACAAAGCCCAAACUCAGCGAACGAACCACCCCACACACAGCUGUUAGUGGCUCCCGCCAACAAGCCAGGUACUCCCAAGCGGUCUGGCGGACCUUGUCAAAACUCCAACAGAGCUUCUGCAGACGACCGAUCUGAGACUAAUGUCUCCUCCAUGCCUCCAGUAGAAUCAUUGCCUCGGCCGCUCUCAGUAUUGUCUUCCAAGACUUCAGAUGACUCUCACAAAAAUAAAACAAUCACAUCAGCUACCUCACUUCAUACAGGAGCCAACAAAAGCCCAGAAUACUGGAAAGCCCCAACUAUUUCGCCGUUGACUGUUCAACCCCUACCGCCCGUGUUCAGUAAAAUUGAAAGCAAGUCGAUCAUUUUCAUCGAAGAAACCAGUGAGAUAAAAUCUGACGACGAUAAUAAAACGAACACUGUGAAUGACAGUAUCAAACCAAAUUCCCCGACUACAUCUCCAACAAAGAAUAAUCAAACAGUUGUUAGUAAUAAUAACUCAACUUCUUUGGACACAUCCCCGACCGAGCCACAUGUAAGUUUUGACAGCUCUGCAGAUUCGGCUCUGUCUAACAAUAAACGUAACUUCGAUCACAUAAGGCGCCACUCACACCAUUAUCACCAUCACCGGAAGCUGAGCGUGUCUAACUGCUCCAGGUCCAUCACCCCUGAGAAGACGAUCAAAAUAACCAGCAAAGAUGAGCGGGCCCAGUUCGUGUUUAAAAGCAUCAAAUCUCGGGAUGACCUCGAGGGAGAGUCUGGAGUCACCCGGGAUAUUCUCAUACAAACCGACGUCAUUUCUCUCAAUGCAAAUAACGAAAAGACGAAGAAAAAACUGUUGAUUAAGAUUGGGAAAUUUGCAAGCAAAA